AUGUUUAGCUCUCCUGAGUCCGGUGACAAGGAGAAGGAGGUCUACGAGGCAGACCUAAAGGAGGCCGCAGCGCGGCGGUUCUCCGGGAUGAUGUGGCCGGCGGAGGGCAUCCCUCCACCGGACUUCGUGGAGGUGCGGGUGCUGGGCCCUCGGCGCGCCACGGCCGAGGAAGCGCGGAAAGACGGAUGCGACUUGAAGCGUCUCGCCUUUAGGAUCGUCGAGAAGCGCUUUAGCCUCCAAGAGAUAUGGAGACGGUGUUACUUCCUGGAAAGCAAGCAGUGGACUGAGCUGGCAGGGGAGGACAUCCUGGAGACGUCCGAAAGCCUCGUGCCAGAGUUUAUUGCGGCCCAACAGUCGAAGAAAGAGACCUUCGAGUCCACUGCAGAGUGGUUUCAGGCAAACAACAAGAGGAGAGAUUACGAGGAGAACUUUGCCCCCGUCGGUCCCUCCUGGGCUGCAGUACAGGCUCAGACACCGGUGCCUCGCCAGCCGGGCAUUUGGUACAUGCAUGAACGACAGAACUCGGAGGGCAAACAUGUUCCAUUCCUGUUCUUCAAUGCGUUUACCGGUAAGUACUACCGGAACCGCUCGACGGAGGUCACCUACGUGCCAGCCAAGAGCCGAUGGAUUCAGACGGGCAUCCCGCACUCAUCCGAGGAGCAUUCCAUGAAGAUGGCUCACGGAUCCGUGUGCCUGCCCACUUCGAGUGGGCGCAAGGACGAUAUGGCGGUCGUUCUGCCUGAACUGUCUCGCACAGCCUCCCUGCUGAAGCAGCCGCUGCCUUUUAUGGACAAGCCUGCAGCGCUCUUCCUCCUGGUUGACGGACUACGGCAGUCGAACCUUGCAGCGGAGUGGUGUGCGAAGAGGCUUCACACGCAUCUGCUGCCGCGCCUCUCAGCAUACCAUUCAGAGCCCGAAGACAGUGAGCUGGUUGCCGUGGUGAGAGAGGCCCUGGAGCACCUGGACCACGCGCUUCUGGGGAGCCCUGCUCGCUACGCCGGGUGCUGCUUGGCGCUGGCCUUGCUUUUAGGCAGGCGGCUGAUCAUUUGCAGCAUGGGCGGCUGCCGUGCCGUGGUCUGCUCACCUCCGGCUCCACCGGAGGAGCCGGUGGCUAAGAAGGGCGUGGCUACUCGCAGCGUGUGGAGCUGCCGCGCUGUGGAAGGUGGCUUACCUGGCCACACGAGAUUAGAAGUUACGGCGUCCCAGCGACGCCGGAGAGCUGAGGCCUACGGUCCCCUCGAUUUUGAGGGGCGACCGGGAGAUGAGCUUCAAGCGGCCUCGGCGAGCCAGGAGAUGCUGGCAAAGGAGCCUUCCGAUCGAGACCGAGCCGUGCGAAGGGCUCUGCGCGCUGCCCAUCCCUAUGCGGCUCUGGGCCUCAGCUUGGCGGAGGCGGUCGCUGCCGGUGCCGGGAAAAAGGCCGUGGAGGCCUUUGAAACCCUGCUGGGGCCUGGCAAGGGCGAUCUGAAGACGGAAUCUGCUCGAAGUCGCGUGAAGGCAGCUGGAGAGGCGAUUGACAGGAUGCUGGCGCAGGACAUCUUCGGCGCACAGCAGCUGGCAGAGCUUUUCUACAUCAUGGACGAGGAAGGUGGCAUCGUCAGCCAGCAGCGUGCUGCGGCGCUUCUGGCGCUGGCGCCCGGCUGCGGCGAGGCCGUGGCAAACGGCGCCGUCCAGGUGCGCUACCAGGCCGUGCUCAGCGGCCUGUCCUCCUUCUGCCCGCAGGACGCCUCGCGAGGUUGGGAGAUCUUGCGGGAAGUCAUGGAUGCCGCAGCGCGGCCGGCCACGCCGCUGUGGACGCCUCCGCCCAGCUCUCGAGGCGUGGAGGUGUCGUCCGCGCUGGGUCUUCGAGACCUGAAGCGACCCCGCAGGCUGGUUGGCCUUGAGUUUAGCGCGGAGAUCUUCCGGAUAGAGCCCGGUAGCUCCUGCUGCAUGCUGCUCCUGACUGAUGGGGCCAACGACCUCACGGCUGCGCAGAUUUCUGAGGCUGUGGCCGAGCACCAGGGGCGGCCGAAGGCUGUGGCGACACAGCUGGCUGCUGCUUGUCACAAGCCAGGUUCCUCCAAAGAGGGGGCUGAGAGCCCAGCGCUAGGCAUAUUGACGGCUUUUUUCUCGCUCAAGGCGCCGGAGGAGCCUCCUCAGCCGGCGGAGAAUGAGGCAGACACCAAGAAGAGGAAAGCUCCAGAAAAAGAAGUCGCGGUGGUGGUCGGUCCACAGCCUGGUGGCGGGAUGCCGAACCGCAUUCGCGUGGCCCACAUACUCAUGAAGUGGGAGUCCCUCACCGCGCACGAUUCCAAUGCCCGGCGGGCUGCGCGGAAGGGGCGAACUCAGGCAGAUGCCGAGAAGGAGCUCCUGAAGCUGCUUCAGGUCCUGAACGCCAUGCCGCACGGUACGCCAGCUGAAGGCAAGAAGCUCUCGGCCAAGUUCGCUGAGCGGCUUGGCUUCGUUGGUGAGCUGGGUAGCUGUGAGUACGACAGCCAGCUUGCCCAAGCCUCCCAUCCGAGGCUGUGCAAGGCGCACUCGGACUGCAACUCCGCCAACAACGGCCACAUGGCCGACCUGGGUUGGAUCGUGCCCGGCCAGUCCGACAAAGACUUCGAAGCCGCGGCCUUCGACCUCCCGGUCGGAGCCAUCAGCGACAUUGUGAUAUCGCAGAGGGACUUGACAAGGGAACGCGUCUUGGAAAGGCGUGCCCGCAUCGACCUGGUGCGCUGGGACGCCAGGAGGCUGCCGCUGCGAGCCUUUUGUGCCGAUAGGCUACUACUUCACCCGCCAGCUGGGAAAUUCUUCGGAUCUGCACAGGCUCUACGCUGCCUCCCUUGCCGAAUGCCGCCGGGUGUGCCGCUGUGCCGUGUUGUCGCCGAUGCGUCCUUUCAGCACGAGCACUGCGCCGCACCUGGCCUUGCAGACCGAGGACCGGCUCGGCGCUCGGACACUGCUCGGGCUGUGGCAGAUAGAGCGCUGCCGGCCCAUGCUGUCGGUGCGAAAGAAGGCUGCAUCGUCAGAACCAGCAAGGACUUGGGCAUCGCUUGGGUGCGUCACGCAGAAACCAGGCUGCUCUUCGAAGGCGAUGCGAGCCUGCUCUUGCUCAGCACCUGCGUGAAGCCGCUCCGCCAGGAGGCAUCCGAUACCAGCGCAACAGAAGCGCCCAUGUGA